AUGGGAUUUGGUGAAGGCGUCGCCAAGCUUCUUGAUACUUACACCAACUGUCUCAGACAGCUCAAAAUCUUUAAGAAGCAGCACGGCAGUGACUCAGAUGAUGCAUCCUCCCUCUUGAGAAGCUCCAUCAGAUCAGAUCGUUCACAAAUCCGCCGAGCUUAUUCAACUCGACUGAGCGAAAAUGGCAAACGCCUUGUAAAGGGCGAUAGCCGCUCGAGAGGGAUGAUCCGCAAAACACUAAAGAAGCUGAAUGCAGCCAUCUCGGGGCUUAUGCAGUCGAGCAAGGAUCAGCAACCGUUCCUGGACUACGAAUCACUCCAGCGACUCUCCAACUCUUCGCGAGUCGAUGCGGUAAGCGCCAUUGACCAGCUUUCACAACGGCUAGGAAAUGCGACUUCUCGGAAUUCUCUUGUGUCGUCGGCGUCGGUGGGCGAUCGCAGGCGGUAUUCAACACGCUCGGACAAGAGCAACCAUAAGCUCCCAAAGGGCACUCAGCAGAAGUUGUCCAAAACUGGGGUCCGGUCACAAUUGGAAGACCAGAGAGGAUCAAGGUCGAGAUCAAGAUCAAAACCCAGAUAUCGAAGCAGGGAAAGAUGCAGCCCAAAUCAACACCACAGCGGCGCCUCGGUUGCAAGCAGACUGGACAGGCUAUCCAUGAUGUCAAGCUCGACUGACAGCACUAAGCUGGGAGAAAUUCCUGAAAGACGACGGCUCAGGAGGCAAAACAUCAUUUCAAAUGACUCGGAUAGCUCUGGGUGCUACCCAGCUCACGUGAGGCCAGCCUACCCACUGAAGCCUUACCCAUCGCCGGAACCAAGAUCCAGACCGGUCUGGAGGCUCUUUGGUCGGCGGUGA